CUCCUUCUGACGUCACAGUCAAAGACGAAAGACAAAGCGCUGCGGUGCACACGCUGCGCUUUCUCUUCACCAUGGAGAUCGAAGAUGACCAUGCAUGCAUGAGGGAAAGCAAAUAGCCAGAGAGAGCUUGCACAACAAUUUGUAUCGUUGCGACAGGUAGCUUGUUGAAGUCAACAGUUGAGAUCAACAUGUUCAGGAGCAAGCAAUUCUGUUUGGCAGCUUUCUGUCUUUGGGUUUCUGCAGUGCAAGGUUUUGCUCCCGUUUUCCGAGGCUUUCGCUUCCAAAGUCAGCGUCUGCUCCAGAAUAAUGCAGCUCCAUCUGGCGAGUAUGAAUAUGCCUUGCUUUUCGAUUGUGAUGGAGUGAUCUUGGAGACAGAGGAAUUCCAUCGUCAAGCGUACAAUGGAGCAUUCGAAGCUGCAGAACUAACCAUUGACGGAGAACCUGUGGUGUGGUCGGUUGAGUACUACGAUGUCUUGCAGAACACCGUUGGCGGAGGCAAACCAAAGAUGUUUUUUCAUUUCCGAAAUACGACAAAAGCAUUCCCCAUGAGUGGUCAAAAACCUGCUCCCGUCACACUGGAAGAGCAGCAGGCUCUUAUUGAUGCCCUACAAACCGACAAAACCGGUCGCUACAAAAAAUUUGUAGAAGAAAAUGCCGUAUGCCGGCCAGGUGUGCUUGAAUUGAUGGACGAAGCAUUGGCAAACCCUAUGAUUGCUGUGGGCGUGUGUUCUGCAUCAACCAAGGAAGCCGCUCAAAGGACUCUCUCAGUGACUCUGGGCCAAGAAAGGAUUGAGAAAUUGGAUGUAUGCAUCCUUGGUGAUGAUGUGUCGGAGAAGAAACCCUCACCCAUGAUAUACAAUGAAGCAGCCAAAAGGAUUGGAGUUCCUGCUGAUCGAUGUGUAGUGAUUGAAGACAGCCUCAUUGGACUUCAAGCUGCCAAGGGAGCGAAUAUGAAAUGCGUCAUUACAUACACAGGCGGAACAAAAGAUGAAGAUUUCUAUGGUGAGGGUGCGGACGCCAAGGUGCCGAACUUGGGUAGCCGAGGGGUGACGCUGGCUUCCAUCUUUGAUCCCAUCAUGGAGAAUGGAUCCGAUGCAGAACUCAUGGUAGGGCUGAAGGACCCGCCUGCGGUUCCUGCUGCUUAACUGAACUGAUUGUCAGUCACCACAGUUUCAACUUCUGCAUACAGAUAUAUGCAUUGCAGCUACCGUAGUUGCUACUAGCUAGGCUAGACUAGCUAGCUAGAGAGCUUGUUUUGGCUCUGGCUAGCACAGGUACCACGGUACAAGUACUGUAUCUUUUUGCGAUGAUCUAUUUUUUAUUAAAAAGCCGUAUUCGUUGCCCUUUGUUUUAAGAAAGCAUGGAUCCAACUUGGCAAAAGAUUUGGACCCCGCGUCUGCAUCAAAGAAAUU